AUGUAUGAAUUUUCGAAAUCCAUUUUUGAACAUUUUUUCUAUUUGUACGAUCCAACAACUGAAACAUGGACGAAAACUGGUUCAAUGCAUCAAAUACAAGCUUUUCAUACAGCAUCUAUACUACACAAUGGAAAAAUAUUAGUUGUUGGUGGAUAUCGUUCUUCAGGUGUUUUUUCCAAAUAUUCCGAGAUAUAUGAUCCAUUAACAGAAGUUUGGACAACUACUGGUACUAUGAAUCAUACACGAUAUGAACAUACUGCAACCGUUCUAUCGGAUGGAAAAGUUUUAUUAACAGGUGGAACUAGUAAUACUAAUAAUUUUUUGGAUAACAGUGAAUUAUAUUAA